AUGUCGACAUUAACUAUCCUGUCGGACCAAGAUGUCCGCAAGUUGCUGCAUGAUUUAACCCGCGAGGAUGUGAUGCACAUGCAGAUGGCGUUGGCGGAUGCAUUACAUUACUACUCGACUUCCACGGAAGAGUUGGAAAACGGGUGCAGCGCGACGUUACAGCCGCACCGGACGGUGGUGGAACGGAAGGAUGGCACAACGACGCUGUUCAUGCCGGCGUCGAGCAACGAGGGGAUGGGCAUGAAGGUGGUGACCACGGUUCCUUCGUCGAUUUCCACCCAAGAUUUGAACUCGCCAGCCCCAACUACCGCUCCCCGCGGAACCCUCACCCUCUUGGACUCCUCCGGCUCACCCACGGCGCUCCUCAACGCCACGGAGCUCACCGCCUUCCGCACCGCGCUCGCCAGUACGCUCCUCCUCCAAAAGCGGGCCAACGUUCACGACGUCACGAUUUUCGGCGCCGGAAAACAAGCCUACUGGCACGCCCGCCUCGCGCUCCUCCUCCGCGGCUCCGACAUCCACCACCUGAACAUCGUGAACCGCAGCUUCGACCGCGCCGCGGGCCUCCUCCGCGACCUAUUCAAAGCGGAUCCAGCCGUCCCGCUGUGGCAGCCGAAGCUGUCGGUGCUAACCCCGAGCCACGGGGAGUAUGCGCACCUCUUGAAAACCACGGUGCGCGGGAGCAGCGUGAUCUUCACGACGACCCCAUCGACCGCGCCGGUGUUCCCGGCGGAGCUACUCACGGCUUCGGAGGGGCGGAAGAAGGGACGAUACAUCGCGGCGGUGGGGAGUUACAAGCCGGAGAUGAUCGAGGUGCCGCCGGAAGUAGUACAGGCGGCGGUGUCGCCGCCGCGGCAGGCGCGGCAUUUUCACUACCAUCGGCACGCGACGCCGGAGCCGGGCGGGGCGGUGGUGGUGGAUACGUUGGCAGGGUGUAUGCGGGAGGCGGGGGAGAUUAUCCAGGCCGGAGUGACGGAGGAGGAGGUGGUGGAGAUUGGGGAGUUGAUUAUGUUGAAGCACGAUGCGGAGCGGCGGGGGCGGGAGGAGCGGGGGGGGGGGGGGGGGAGGGGGGGGAGCCAGGCGGGGGAUGAUGGGGGGUUGAAUGAGUGGUUGGCGAAGGGGAAUGUGGUGUAUAAGAGCGUGGGGUUGGGGCUUAUGGAUGUGGUUGUUGGAGGGGAACUGGUCAAGCUGGCGAACGCGAGGGGGAUUGGGACGAAAGUUGAGAAUUUCUAG